CUCGGACCGUCGCUCUUCCAAGUGCAGCCAUAACACAUAUGACGUAAUAUAGGUCUCGGGGACAACGGGUGCCGCAGCCGGACCGACUGGUCUGGCUGGCCGCGCCGCGCCUAGCCUGGGCAUAGAGACCGACGCAUCAUCGAUUGGUCCGCCGGCCUUGACUUUAUCUCGCUCUCGUUCGAUUGUUUCUGCAGCUUUAACUCGGGUUUCAGGACAGGCACGUUUUCAUAGCAAGGUGUCGUCAGCUUAGCAAGGUAGUAACGAUGGCAGAUUCACAAUCUUCUCAACUUCCAGAGGAUGAGCUAACUGUCCCUCGUGCCCCUCUUAACAAGAUGAUCAAGGAAUUACUACCCAAUGUCAGAGUUGCUAAUGAUGCGAGAGAACUCAUUUUAAAUUGCUGUACUGAGUUUAUUCAGUUGGUUUCAUCAGAAGCAAAUGAUAUUUGCAAUAAGCAGGCCAAGAAGACGAUAUCGCCAGAACAUGCGCUUCAAGCAUUGGACAGCCUAGGGUUUGGAGAUUACCUGCAAGAGUGCAAGUCAGUUCUAGAGGAAUGUAAGACGGUGGCAGCAAAGAAGAGGAAAGCAAGCACUCGUCUUGAGAAUCUUGGUAUACCUGAAGAAGAACUCCUUAGACAACAGCAGGAGCUCUUUGAAAAGGCAAGACAAGAGCAAGCAGCAAUAGAACACCAAGAGUGGUUGCAGUUGCAGGCAGCACAGGCAGCUCAGGCUCAGCAACAAGGUCUCCAACCAGGGAUGCAACCAGGAAUGCAACCUGUUGCUGCAACAGGGGGAAACUUGCAAUCUUAUCAAGUUGCUGAGGGCAUACCCCAGCAUGGAGCUGUGCCUUCUCUGAAUCUUCCCAGCAGUGGGGCAGGGCAACUACCCACAGAGUCCGCCAGCAACCAACAGAUCCCGCCCUCAUGACGUUCCUAAUCUAGGAGGGGGCACUCAAUUCUGAUUUAAUCAGAGGAUUUUUAAUGCAGAGACAUUAAGUGUUGCAUCUGUGGAGAAGAAAUCUGGCACCUUCUCAACUGAUAAGGUUCCUUCCCCAUUCAUCACGGUCACCUGGGGUAGGUUUCGUAAACACGGAUAUAUUCAGAACAAGUUGUUAUGAUAACAAGUUUGCAAUAACAGUUUAAAGCUACUGAAAUUGUUUAAUCUGAUUAGCUAAUAUUUUGUAAAAUUGAUGUAGAUAUUGUGCAUUUGUUGUUAUAACAAAUCUUUAUGAAAUGGGACCCUGAAGUAGAUUGCUCAGAUGAAGGUAAUAUUGUUCUUACUUCAGAGAUUUGAAUUGUAUUGGUUACUUCUCUAAGUUCCAAGUACUCACCUAAAAUCAUAUGGGGAUAGAGUUGUGGAUCCAACCUCCUUAUUCUUAGAGUAUAACCUUGAAGUCUUCAAACCUGAAUUAAAGAUCCAUCUUUUCCAGCGACUUUGUGUAUAAUGUGUGUCAUAAUGUGGGAGUUGGCACCUUUGAAUUUUUUUCACAUGUAAUCGGUGCCAGACAAAUGCUGUUCAUCAUCAUCAUGGUCAGAAGUACAAGUACUCUGCAGGCAAGACCUUUGGUUUUUGAAGGUCGCACAGUGUGUAAUGCAGAGUCUAAAGUAGUGAGACUAGAUUCACCAUGUACAUUGGCUGCCUCUCAGACAGAGAGUUUGGCAUCUAGUCUUCACUCUAGACAUGGUAUAAUUGGUUAAAGUAUCAAAUUUGAGUCUGUUCUUGCAGACUAGGUCAGAAGAUUGAGAGCAAUGAUAUUAGAAAUACAUUUCAAAUAGAAAUAUUAAACAAAUCUCAAGGAUUAAUAAACACUUUGUUUUUUAUUUAAAAAGACAUUAAUCCAAUGCCCGACUUCUAAGGCUUGAUGUGUCAUGUCAUGAUAAAGCCAUGGGCCCUAGUAGAGUCCAUGAUAAAGCUCAGCAUUAAAGCACAGCAACAUUUUAUGUAGACCAAAAGCUUCGGUCUCUGUUAUGUUGGUUGUUCCGCUGAACUCCGUUGGCUCCACUUACCAAAUACAGAGACCGAAGUUCUAACUCGAUCUGUACAGGGACUCAAUGGCCAUAUGUUUAUGUAUUAAAUUCGGAUAAAACAGGGGAGUGAAGUUGCACGACGGCCGAAGAACGUCACUGUUUUUUCCCCUUUUAAGUUAAUUUUUCCCUGUUUUGGUGCGUUUUAUGCCAAAACGGAAUAAUCUUUAUUUUGGUCCAGUUCUUUUUAUAUAUUUUUAUGAAAUAAAGACAAAAAUCGAUGAGCCCCGUCAGGGGGAUUUUGCAUUGUUUAACCCUAAUGGUGGCUGCACGAUAGCGAGCCAUCUGUGUACGAGGAGAAAUAAAAAUUAAAAAAAUGUUUUAAAAAUCCUCGAAACAGACGGCUGCCAGCUGUCUACAUUUUAUGUACAAAGUGAAUGGGGCAUGGGGCAAGAUCAUGAAAAUGCAACAAAAUUUUCUACAUGUACUAUUUUAUAGUGAAGCAUCAAUUUACUCUAAAAUAGAAAAAGAAACAGGAACUUCAAUAAGAGGCUUGCAAAGCUACAGAUAGCUUGACAUUUUAUGGAAGUAUGCCUAAGUGCUAGAAUGUAAGCCAAUAUUUUUUUAAUGACUUUUUGAUAGAGUAUGGUUGUAUUUGGUUUACUUAAAGUUAAAUAUUGAUAAAUAAUAUCCAACAGUAACAAAAAAUAUGACCAUCUUAUUCAACUAAGGCAAUUUUAAAUACAACUCUUUUGUCAAUUUAAGAAUUCAUAUCAUAAUUUGGCUUGCUGUAUUUCACCCACUAUGGAUGCAAAUUUCCUAAUAAAUCAUUUUAAUAUGAACAGCUUUCUGGAUACUGACUUGAAUUUUCUGGCAUCCUCUUUGAUCCAUACUAAAAGAUAGCAUUAUUUGGGGGAUAUGAUUUAAACAUUAAAGAUGUGUAUUUUGAUUUUGUUUUUUGUUUUCAAGAACAUGAAUGUAGUCUUUCGGAGGAGACUCUAAGCCGUCGGUCCCGUGUAAAGGAGAGCCACACCAUUUGCACGUUAAAAAACCUACUCCUCUUUUCGUAAAGAGUAGGGAAGUUAUCCCGGGGAAGUAGUUAACGUAUUAAUUUAUUACUGAUAAUUACUAAUUUAUAAUCCUGUUCCUUUGUAAAGUUGCAUUAGGGUAAUUUGUACUGUAUUAUAGUAACCUUUCCAGAUUAACUGUCCGACACUUAUAUGACACGCAUGUGUUGAUAGUGUCGUUAAUUUUUUAUCAAUCAAUCAAUCAAUCAAGAACAUGAAUGAUUACCCGAGGGCAUGAGUUGUUCACAGUUUGAUGUUAUGGAGAUAUUAGUAGUAUCCCCAGAAAAUUGAUAUCAAUAUCACUUUUGUUACUAACAGGGUACGUUUGAUGAAAUGUGUUAUAAUAACAGUAAAAAGCUACUGAAAUCCUUAAA